AUGUAUAAAUUAGUAUCUACACCACACCUUCCAAGUCCCGAUAACAAUCAUACUUAUUCUACUGUUCAAAUAUCACCAAAUGGUCAAUUCAUUGCAAUUCCACAAGGUAAACAACUGCAGAUAUACGAUCUUAAUAACGAAUUAUUAAAACCAAAAAUUAUUCAAACUAAUCAUACUUUACCAAUAUCGGAUGUAUGCUGGUCACCUGAUGGAGAAUGUCUUGCCACAGCUAGUGAUGACCAUACUAUAGAGAUACUCCACGUGACAAAAUACGGGUUGUUACAUAUUCUAAAGGGCCACACGGGACCUGUAAUAACGUUAUGUUAUAACAGCAAAGGCAAUUUAUUGUUUAGUGGGUCGAUGGAUGAAAGUGUGAAGACGUGGGAUGUAUUCAAUGGCAAGUGUCUGCGAACCGUGUCUGCACAUUCGGAUUCUGUAGUGAGUUUAACUUUACCUUGUCACGAUGAUUCUGUAAUGGCGUCGGGUUCGUAUGAUGGACUUGUACGUAUAUUCGAUACGCAGACGGGGCACUGUCUGUCUACGUUAACUUAUGAUAAGGAUUGGAAGCACAGUGGACGUGUUAUACCAAUCACUCAAUUAGAAUUCUCACAAAAUGGGAAAUUUUUGUUAGUGAAAAGUCUUGAUGGAGCUGUAAAACUUUGGGAUUGUAUUCGUGGAGUCGUUGUGAGAACGUUUGUGCAGAGAGAACAAGAUAAGAAUAAUGAAUGGUGGAAAAAAUUUAGUGGUGGGAUAGCCAUUGCUUACAUUUCUGCAGAGAAGACUUCACAAGAGAAGAAUGAUGUACUGGUAAUUAGUGGAGAUUCUCAAGGGGUGAUCACUUGUUGGGAUACACAUACUAAACGUUUUUUACAAAAAAUCGAUACGGGACAAAGGAAUCCAAUUAUGAAUAUAUCUUCUAUUGGCGGCACGCUAGCCGUUAUCACGCGGGACGGCUGUUGUAAUAUUUACAGAUGGGAGGAGAAUUGA